AGACCCAGUACCGGAUCACUCAUGUAUUUGUACAUUGCAAUUGUAGGAGCCGAAUGCUUCUAUUUUCCUCCCUUGAUGUGUAAUAUACUACUUUUUUUACUAUACCUGCACCGAAAGUUUAAAUUCUUGUCCUGUUUAGAGGAAAAAAGUCGUUCCUUUUCUUUAUAAGAAAAGUCGCUUUCUGACUUGUGAAAAAAAAAUUUAUCUUUCACUGUACGAUAAUGAACUGGAAUUCUUUCACUUAUCGAGCCCGUAAUUUUGACUAAGAUCGCCGUCUAAGAAAAUCCAUAGAAAAUCUAUUGGCUGGUGAAAUAUAGCCUUCGGCUCGGGCAGACAAUUACACACGUGGGUAGAAAUGUCUUUCUUUUCUACCAUAGUGUGUAAAAUACUAAUUGUGUAUACUGUAAAAAUUUAAUUUUACUUGCAAGUGACUUGUCUUCAAAAAUUACAAAAUUGUCUGACGUCUGCUACUUUCAGUAUCAUACAAAUUUAGCAAACAGUUGAAGAAUCUUUAGCCAACAGAGUUUCAAAUAAUUAUGGAUUACAAUAAAUUAAAUUUUUACACGGAAAAAUAUAAUAAAGACAAUAGAAAUAUCAAAAUUGUAGAGACUUUCGUUCCGGUGAUUAAAGAAAAACCGAUUACUGGUAAAUUUUACUCGAAAUAUGACUCCGGGGUCGGGAAAGUUGAGGAAAAAUUCAUAAAAUUAAUAGAAAGACGUACGGAGAUGGUUCCUAAGGAUAUUUAUCCAUACAAACCCCCGACCGCAAAUAUGGAAUACGGGUGGUUUUCAGAGCCACUGGUACCGCGAUCAAAGGAUCCGAGACUUUAUUUUCCUUUGAAGCAGAGCGAUGUCGUUAAAACUGAAAUGCGAAUUCGUCAAGUUGAUAAUAAUUUUCGUAAAUCAACAGGGGCCACUUUCAAAACUAGAUGAAUAUUCAUUU